AUUUUUCGUUCUUCAUCCAACUAAACCUAGUGAAGGCGUGAUGCCGUUCCCAAGUACUGGUUGUCAGACCUGCAGACAACGGCGAAUCAAAUGUGAUGGAGAACUCCCCAGAUGCCAGCGGUGCCAGAAGUCCAAGCGGACUUGCUCUGGAACGAGAGCAGAACCAGGUUGCUCCCUAAUCCAUCUAGAAAAUUCCUACGCAAGCGGAGCCACCAAGCGUCCUAGAGGACCUCGAUCCACGCGGACAGUAGAAUCCAUUCCACAAUUGCCAAGCACUGACUUGGAAACCCGGGCCACAACAUACUACUAUAAUCACCAUCUGCACGCCAUUGAAGACUCUUUGGACAUCAUGAGAACAGUUGCUGAUGACUUCCUGACCGUGUGGAAGUUUCGACCAGAUUGUGAAAUCCUCAGUCUUGCUGGUUCGUGUAUGGCACUUGCAGUAUUCUCACGUACGCAAAGUCAUCCGCCUGCAGCCGUCGAAGCUUCUCUGAAAUAUGAGCGGCUUCUGAGGAGCACGCACCAAGAAAUUCUCUCGCUGAAUGCGGAGAAUAUCGACACCUGCCUGAUUGCCAUAUUCUUCAUGGGCCGGUAUGAAGGCGCGGUUUUUAGUCCUGAGGACGAUAAUCCCAAGGUCCCAAUCAUCUUCGCAAUGCGCAGCUUUCGACAUCAUGAAGGAGCAAUCUCAGUGCUCAAGCAUUGGAAAGAAUGUCAAAGUCACAGGAGCGCGCCAACAGAUGUAAUUAAGCAUACGAGACGUGGGCUCAUCAGAUCCGCAUUGUUGAGAAAUGCCCCUGUGCCUGAUUGGUUGAUGGAGGGUAGUCUAUUUGGGGAGCAUGGCCUAGAGCUCGAGUAUGAUCGCAUACACACGCGCAUUGCUAACCUCCGUCAUCGACUGGGUACUCUCCUCUGUGGGAAGCCAAGGCUAUCUCAAGAGAGCUGCUCAAUAGCUGAAGAGUUCAACACAGAAGCAAAAGAGCUGGACAAAUCAUUGCAACAGUGGAAAAAGCAUCUACCAACCGAGUGGAACUACCAGCGGCAUACUCUACCAGUUCUUCGCCCCUGUCCCUCGCAAAACUUUUAUUCCUCGGUCGUCUACAGCUAUGCAAAUCCCGCGUACGGAGCUGUCUGGUGCAAAUACUUCGCUACGAGAAUGCUCAUCAACAGCACUCGCUUGCAGAUUCUCGCCUUCAUUGAACCAAGUCCCAUUCACUCAACAAACCAGCAGAAAUCGCAAGCUCUCUCCCACAUGAGAAAGAUGGGGAACGGUCUCGCAUCUAGCAUUCCCUUCUGUUUUGAACGAUUCAGUGUGACCCAGAAUCCCGAAUCUUCAGAUGAUGUUUCCAUCACGCUGAAUAUUCAUGAGGAUAUAAAGCCAUAUAAUGCGAGCUUGGUAUUGUGGCCCUUAACGAUUGCCACAAGUAUUGGGAGCGUGGAGCGGGAGCUGAGGUUGUGGUUUAGGUCUGAACUUGCGAGAGUGGGAAAGAUCACAGGUUUUGGAAUUGCAGAAUGUGCUAAUACACCUUCUUGGCCGAUCAAUAAGUUAGGGUUUGAUAAGAGCUAGUGCUGGAUUGGAUACUGAAUUUUCGGGAUAUGGGACGGUACAACGGGCACCCAUUACAUACUCUUGAGGGUGAUUCCAAGUUUUCUUAUACCGAUAGCUUGCU